AACAGUAUCCACCACAUUACCAAAUCCCAUAUGGCUUUUUGUGACGCUCCGAGUGUUUGUUGUUUGAUCGAAACACAACUUCAUCAAACGCUUUCCACUUGAGCAUUCAAUAGUUUAUAGUGUUUAUACGUUACAUCAUAAUUUAAUAUUUAACUGAUUUGAGUGACACACAAAAUACAAUUUUCAGCUUGUAUCAUAUCAAUAUUUAAUUCGUCAGUUGUCCUUAUUUAAUUAUUUUCGUUUUUCUCGACUGUAUUUUCACCCGCUUGUUCACGCUUCACGUCAAUACAAGAUGCCUAUGAUAAAGCUGCAGAGUUCGGAUGGAGAAGUGUUUCAAGUCGACUUUGAGAUCGCCAAGGCUUCGGUGACAAUUAAAACUAUGGUGGAAGACUUGGGCUUGGAAGAGGAAGACGAAGAGAUCGUCCCGUUGCCCAAUGUGAACGCUGGUAUAUUGAAGAAAGUCAUCCAGUGGGCAACCUACCACAAGGACGACCCACCACCGGCCGAAGACGACGAAGGACGUGAAAAGCGCACCGACGAUAUAUCCAGUUGGGACGCAGAUUUCUUGAAGGUGGAUCAGGGUACGCUGUUUGAACUCAUAUUGGCCGCCAACUAUUUGGAUAUCAAAGGCUUGUUAGAUGUAACUUGCAAGACAGUCGCUAAUAUGAUCAAGGGUAAGACACCUGAGGAAAUAAGGAAAACCUUCAACAUCAAAAAUGAUUUCACGGCUGCAGAGGAGGAUCAAGUACGUAAAGAGAAUGAAUGGUGUGAGGAAAAGUAAUUAAUUUUUAUCUACAAGUGUAUUUUUUUUGUCAACGACAUAUAUUUAAUUUUUCAUUUAAUAAUAAACCUUUAUUUUAUAUUUGUUUACUUUUUGUAAUAGGAAUUGUAUUUUAGUUUAUAUCUUAAUAUAAGGAAAAUUUGGAUUUAAACAUUUGUUGUACAUUUUACCUGUUUAACUGUACUUGGCCUUAUUAUAUUAAGUAGAUUAACCUACGCAUACAUUUCAAAUUUGAUUUGUGUGAGUAUUGAUUAAUUUAUAACUAAAAUGCCUAAACUUUUACUGUAAGUUCCAAUAUAAUAUUGUGUUUAUUUUACUAAAAGUGUAUAUUAUUUUCUUGAUAAAAUUAAAUUGAAUCUACCCAA